AUGGCUACAUCUCUGUGUAAAGGUCAGAUUCCAUUCCGUGCCAAAGGUCAGACCACCUGUUUACACCACAAAGAGGGACAACUGGACGUUUACUGUAAAAAGUGUCAAGAACUUGUUUGUAUGAAGUGUCUAUCAACUGUACACAAUGGUCAUCCUUUGUGUGGACUUAGUGAAAUUGCCUCUGAAAAGAAACGAGACAUUCAAAACUUCAUUGACAAAACUGAGAAAGCUGAUCUGGUUCAAGUUGACAAGUACAUCACUGCUACUGAUGCACAACUAAAGGACAAUUGUAGCAAUUUUGAAAAACUUUCUCACCAGUUAAAGACACAAACAAACAAAUUAAAAGAAGAUUUGGACUUGCUAACAGCUCAGACUCUGUCUCUCUAUCAACAAAUGGAGGAAGAUAACACCAAGCUACUACAAACCUACAAACAGGACCUGGAAAUGUACAGUACUCAGCUAAAAAAACAAGUACAAAAAUGUAAGAUAGCACUUCAACGCUGCUCUGACAUCCAAAUCUACGACACAGGAUGUGAGAUUCAAUCUUCUACCACUCUCCCUGUAAAACCUACCCUGGGUACUGCUAGUUUCACUCCAAACCUUAAUCCUCAGAGUCAUCUGGAACAAGCUUUGGGAAGAAUUAGCACAUCAGGUCAUCUUCAGGGUCAAGCUUCACGAGAUCAUGAUCGGUCAAUUGGAUCAUCUGCUGGACAAGGACCAUCCCCUACACAACAGUGGAAGGGCAAAGUAAUACAGGAGGUUGAAUGCAAUACUAAGAUCCCAGACAUAAGUCUGUCACCAACAACCAACACCCUGUGGGUCUGUGACAAGGAAAACAAUAUUCAGUACCAGGGAGACACCAAUGAACUAUUUGUAUAUGAUGGUGAAGUCCCACAUACGUAUCAACCAACAUCACAGUCUGGAGGUAAACCAUUUGACCCCUGUGGUGCGGUGUAUGACACUGUGGGUAACAUCGUCAUCGGGGACUUUAACAAUAAGAGUGUCCUACUCAUCAGUGGGCGUGGUGAGUUCCUCAGGAUCAUACACACAGAUGACGACAGUACAGUUGCUGUUGGUGUAGAGAGGGAGGAUGUCCUGUGGGCAGUGUUUGGAUUUAAUGAUGUCAAACUACUACAGUACAGCAGUGUGUGA